AUGCUGACGGCCCUCUUCCUCACCAUUGAUGUGAGCUUCUCCGACUUCGACACUUCCCUGGACACCUGCAUCUAUGGUGCCAUGUAUGUGGUCAUCCUGGAAAUCAUCAUCUUCGUGCCUCUGAUCGCCGGCUGUGUCUUCCUGGUGUGGUCUUCGCGCGACGUGUACCGCAUCAAGCAGGAGCUCCUGAUCAAUACCUCCACCUCUUUCGUGUUGGCGGUCCUGUGGGGCACGGCCGCGGUGUCCGGUGCAGCUGGCUGGUUCCGGGCCGACAUCAUCGCCAUCUUCCUGACGGCCUUCAACAACCUCCUGAUUGUCAUCUUCCCCGUGGUCCUAUCCUACCUACCUUUCUACAAGAGGCUGACUCGCAACCGCAUGCACUUGAACCCGGACAUCGAGGGCCAUCUUGAGAGUGGCCGCUCCAAGACCGGGCUCUUUGACUUCGAGACCUUCCGGCACUUCCCCGGGCCGGCCAUGCACUUUGAGCACUUCUGCAUCGAGUCCUGGUGUGCGGAGAUCCACCUGUUCCACACUCGGUCCCUGCGGUUCCUCGAUAAUUACAAGCGCAUGACCCCGAUGCAACGCUACGACGAGGUGCUGGACAUGCGGGACCAAUUCAUCAUGACCAACUCCCCCUUCGAGAUCAACAUCCCCGGCCAUGUGCGGCAAAAGCUCCUCCAAACCUUCAAAGAGGUGGCCGACUUGGAUGAGAACGGCAAGCCGCGGGACAUCCCGCGAGACAUUUUCCUCCCGGCGCACCGUGAGACCGGCGAGCAGCUGGACCGCCUUCUGAACAUCUGGCGUGACACGCCCAUCGGCCAGCGCGAGACUCGCGAUCUGCCCCUCAUGUGA